AAGACAAACGGCCGAACGCGCCAACCUACGCAGUCCUUGACAGUCAACUUGGCAAGCGGGAGGAAGAUGAUCAGGAUUCUACUGACAACGUGAGGGACCAAGCCCUCCUGCAUUAUCUUGCAAAUCUUGCCAACUCCAACAACGAAGAUGAUGUAUUUAAUUUCGAGUUUGUGGGGUCGCUUGUACAGAAUGGUGCGGAUAUCAACUGCAUGGACACCAACGGUCAGACGAUUUUUCACGAGGUCGCGAGAUCCUGGAAUGUUGAUGUGGCGAGGUUUCUUGUGGAAAAUGGUAAGUGUUUGGUCUGGAAGAGAGAAGGCAUAGGUGGAAAAGUUUUUUCCUUUCUGGGAAUCGGCCUAUGGGUGAGGGGGCUCAGAAUUUUCUGCAAGAUUACAAAAAAUAUGGAGAAAAAAAACUACUUUCGGCUCAAAAAUGGUUGUUUUUCCCGCGCGUAAUACAAAUAUAUACAAAAUUUGCGAAAUUCACAGGGCUAUAUUUUCCUCAUUUAACAACAUUUUGCAAUCAAACUUUGCAAUUUUACUCAUUUUAAGAUGCUCUUUCCAGCUAUGGUAAUGGUUUCGUUCUUCUUGUUUAGAUCAAAAUUUCUUCUGUAUAGCUGGAAUCAUCAUUAAUUUUACCUUUACAGGCGCCAACGUCAAUCAUCAAGAUAGGUUUGGUCGUUCUCCCCUUCACGUUGCCGCAGCAGUCGACUACGCUAAUAUGGUAGAAUUUAUCGUCCAAAAUGGCGGAGAUAUUCACAUCAAGACGAACGGCGAAGAACAAACUGCAAUACAUUACGCAGCGAAAAAUGACGCCGUCAACUCUCUUCAGAUGUUGCUAGGCCAUGGGGCGAAAAUUGAUUCUGCCGACUGCAGAAAUAGGACGCCCUUACAGGUAGCCUUUUUUUCCCAUUCCACUGAUAAUGUAGCCCUGUAGGUGUUAUACAAUCUAUUCUUGGCUUGGUUGUUGAAUGAUGAUGAACGAAUUGAUGUUACUCUGAGUGUACAUCCACACUGGGCAGGCUGAAAAGUUAGUCUGACUAAGGUGGGAAUCGCACCCGCGACCUUUGGGAUACUAGUCCAAUGCUCUGUCAACUGAGGGAUAUAGAUUCAUGUCUCGCUGUUAUGAGUUAGGGUUAGCGGUUAGGGUUAGGAUUAGCAUUCAUAUAAAUAGCGAGACAUGAAUCAAUAAACCCAACUGAACUACGAGGCAGGCGCUGGCCAAAGUGGUUAUUUUCACCGCGCAUAUACAUAGAGGAUAUUUUACGGUGGCGCGGAAAUAUGACUUUUAUUUUCGAGUGGUGAAAACAAUAUUUUACGAACGAGCGCAGCGAGUGAGUAAAAUAUUGUUUUCAACACGAGAAAAUAAAAGUCAUAUUUCCAAAGCCACCGUGAAAUGUUCUUUUUAUUAUAUGGCCAAAAUAAAUUUCAUCAACUAGAUGUUUUGUAGCUCACCGUACGGCAACAAUGUUAUGUCUCUCCGCUCGUUUAUAGAGGCUAAAUAGUCGCUGAAGAUCGCCAAAUCGGACUUAGUCUUCCUUUUUGUGUUUUCGUUUUCAUUUUCUUCAGAAAACCUUGCCAAAUCAGCGUCGGAAACAUUAACAAAAUGUCGAGAAUUUGCCAUAUUGAAUAUUCAAAACAGAAACGGCAAAAUGGCGGGAAUUAGCGUGGGCCCCGCGCGAGACGUUCCCGCGUAAGAUAUGAUUUCAUAUUUCACUACAGUGAAAUACGGGAAAUAUCAGUGGCGUAUUUUACGGUAUUUUACUCAUAUCCAUAUAAUAAAAAUAUAUAUAAAAUUUGCAGGGCUAUAUCUUCUUCAUUUUACAACAUUUAGCAACCAAUCUUUGCAGUUUUACUCAUUCUAAGACGCUCUUUCUAGCUGUGGUGUUGGAUUUCGUUCUUCUUGCCUAGAUCAAAAUUCAGUGCAUAGCUGGAAUCACCAAUUGCUAGGUAGUGUGGGAAUUGCCAUAUAUGACCAUACAAAAUACAGAGCCAACUAAGAGAGUUCAUAAUUCAUUGCAUUUCAAAAAGCAUUCUCCUAUAUUGUAGAAUGUAGAGAGGUUUUGUAGAUGGAAAUUCCGGGUGUGCAUUUUAUAGAUAAGACCAUGCCAGGAACAGCAACUAUCAGGGUGUCCACAUAGAUAUCUUAUAUACACUAGAUAGCGCAUCUCUUUUAGUAAAAUUGAAGCCAAGAAUAUUCCAGCGGUUACCCCCAUUUGAAUAGAUGGCGGCCAUGUUGGUAGUUCCCCCUCGCUAAUAAACGCUUAAAAAAACAACAACUUUCAUCAUUUGAAUAGUUUAAAAAUGUAUUUGGAAUAGGUUAAACUUAAUGUUUAAGUUCUCUGUUUAAGAAAUAGAAAACGUGCGAAACUUCUCAUUUCAUGGGAAUAUUCCGAGUCUGUAAUCACGGCUUCAAUUUUUGAAUUGCAGAAUAAUUAGAUGCACUAUCUAGUGUAUAUAAGAUAUCUAUGGAGUCCACACUUUGGUGAUAGUGAAAUUCAAGGACUUUUCCAGGACUUUCAAUGUCCUUUUUCAGUAAAUUCAAGGACCUAUAGAACUGGGAAAAAUCUUUGAAAAUGGCACGGAUUUGCCUUUAAAUAAUUCACUUUAUUCAGUAAUUUUAAUCAAAAUCACUAAUGUUGGCACAGCUGGAGGUUAAGGAAAUUAAUUCCAGGAAACUUUCAAGGACUUCUACUGAUUUUCAAGGACUUUCCAGUCCUGGAAUUAUUUUCUUCCAAUUUAAGGACUUUCCAGGAUUUUCAAGGCCCGUGACACCCUGCUAUAUAUAGGCCUUCUGGUAGGAAUCGAACCAUGGGCCUGCGAUUUCAGUGCAUUGCCAUUGCAUUUCCAAAAGCAUUCUCCUAAAUUCCCCAGGUCGCCGCAGAAAUGAACAGUUUCAAAGCAGCCAAACUUCUGGUGACUGAAGGAGCGCCUGCUGGCGUGUAUGACAACCUGGGUAACUCUGCAUUAUCACUCCUCAUUGAAAAGAUCCCCGAA